UCUAUCCCUCCUCACUCCACAUUGACAGCAGCUCUCAUCACAACUCAACACUGCUGUUGCCGGCAGGCUGAAGCACAUUCAGGCACACACACACGUUAAAUCCCACUCACUGACGCUGAGUGGCAUCUUCAGCACACACCAAGACGCCCUUGGACUGCUGCAGGCGAGGAUGAGGGUGUGGUCAUGGGAGCAGUUUGGGGAGACAGGUGUGGUCCUCCUUGGCUUCCUGACACUGGCCAUGUCUGUGGGAAACCUGUCGUCCAGAGGCCUGCAGGAGGAGGGCGCUGCGUCCAACAGCCUGGAGGACCAGCAGGAGGUCACCACCUACUGGUGGGGCGAGUGGGCCAAGUGGACGGCCUGCACCCGGACCUGCGGCGGGGGGGUCAUGUCCCAGGAGCGCCACUGCCUCAAACAGAGAAAGAAAGUUGCUGCUGGAAAGGACAACAUGACCUGCACAGGAACGGCCAAGAAAUACCAUCUCUGCAACACCGUAGACUGUCCCGCCUCUGGGAGGAGCUUCAGGGAGGAGCAGUGCUGGUCCUUUAACUCACAGCGUUACAGUGGGAGGAACUACCAGUGGAAACCUCUCUAUCCUGAUGAUUAUGUUCAUAUCUCCAGCAACCCCUGUGACCUCCACUGCACCACGACCGACGGCCAGCGGCAGCUCAUGGUGACGGCGCGAGACGGCACUUCCUGCAAGUACAGCAGCUACCGCGGCGUGUGCGUGGACGGGACGUGUGAGCCGAUCGGAUGUGACGGGGUUCUGUUUUCCUCCAACACGCUGGAUAAGUGCGGCGUUUGCCAGGGAGACGGCAGCAGCUGCAGCAGAGUCACCGGAAACUUCCGGCGUGGAGCCACAACGCUGGGUUAUUCUUUCAUCACCCAAAUCCCUGAAGGAUCCUGGGAUAUCCAGAUCAUCGAGAGGAAGAAAUCAGCCGAUGUUCUCGCUGUGACCGACCAGGCGGGAAACUUCUUCUUUAACGGCGCCUACAAGUUGGACAGUCCGCAGAACUUCCACGCCGCGGGAACCAUCUUUAAGUACCGGCGGCCCAUGGACGUUUACGAGACUGGGAUCGAGUACGUCGUCGCCAAAGGCCCCAUCGACCAGGCCAUAAAUAUCCUGGUGUGGAACCAGAACGGCCGGACGCCCUACAUCACCUACGAAUACACGGUCCUGCGGGACUCCCUGCCCCCCGUCCCGCCGCCGCCGGUCUACACCGGGUCGGAAACGUCCGCCGCCGAGGUGUCCGUGGAGGAGGACGGCCCCGCGUCGCCCAACGGCAGCGUCUAUGAGCAGAAGGUCCCCGGGGGCCCGCUGGAGGCGGGUGGGGCCGACGGGCCGAAGGGCCAGGAGACCAACGAGGUGUUUGAGGAGACGACGGCCAUCGACUGCGACGAGGACGAAGCCGGGCUGCCGAAACUCACAGGAAACAGCAGCCAAACUCACGGCACCGCCAAGCCUCCCCCCGAUGAUGCCGCCCUGGAUACUGGGCCGGACUCCACCAACCUGAUCUGGCGGGUUCUGCUGGACGGACGGAUGGGUCCGGAUGAGCUGCUGAUCAACAUCUCCACCAACCAGCUGCUGACGGAGGGCGACGCCCUGUUCCCCCCCGAGGCGGGCCUGAGCGACCCGGAGCGGCCGGCCGGCCCGCUGGACCUGAACGACACGCUGGAGUUCGCUUUGGGCCACAAAGGCAACGACAGCGGGGACAACCAGAACCGCACGGCCCAGACCGGCGCCGGCCGCUCCAACAGAACCAGGGGGAAUCAGAAGUUCUUCCAGAAGAAUCUGAAGCUGAGCGCUGCAGACAUGUACCGCUGGAAACUUUCCUCCCAGGAGCCGUGCAGCAUGACCUGCUCCAUAGGCGUGUCCAAGUCCUUCGUCUCGUGUGUUCGCUACGACGGCGUGGAGGUCCACGACAUGUACUGUGACGCUCUGACUAGGCCAGAACCGGUCCACGACUUCUGCAUCGGCAGAGAGUGUCAGCCGAGGUGGGAGGCGAGCAGCUGGAGCGAGUGCUCCCGGACCUGCGGCGAGGGCUUCCAGUUCCGGCAGGUCCGCUGCUGGAAGAUGCUGUCCCCGGGCCUGGACAGCUCCGUCUACAGCGACCUCUGCACCAUGGCCGACCUGGAGCGCCCCCUGGAGAGGCGCGCCUGCAAGAGCCCCACCUGCGGCCCGCAGUGGGAGGUGGCGGAGUGGACGGAGUGCCCGGCGAAAUGCGGCCGUAAAGCUCAGGUGACGCGAGACGUCCGCUGCUCGGAUGAGACCCGACCCUGUGACCCCAUGACCCAGCCGCCAAACGUGAAGAACUGCACGGGGCCGCCCUGCGAGCGCCACUGGACCGUGUCGGAGUGGGGCCCUUGCUCCGGGUCGUGUGGCCACGGCCGGAUGGUCCGACAUGUUUACUGUAAGACCCCUGAGGGCCGCGUGGUUCCUGAACACCAGUGUUCCCCGGAGAACAAGCCUCUGGCCAUCCACCCCUGUGGAGAGAGGGACUGCGCUCCGCACUGGCUGAGCCAGGACUGGGAGCGGUGCAACACGACCUGCGGCCGCGGAGUGAAACGGCGGAUCGUCCUCUGCGCCGGCGUCAGCGGAGGAAAGUUCCAGAUGUUUGAUGAAGAGGCGUGUGGAGGCGGCGAGAAGCCAGAGGAUGAAGCCACGUGUUUCGAGAGGCCGUGCUUCAAAUGGUACACCACGCCCUGGUCCGAGUGCACAAAGACAUGCGGCGUUGGUGUGAGGAUGCGGGACGUGAAGUGCUACCAGGGCAGGGAGUUGGUCCGGGGCUGCGACCCGCUCACCAAGCCGGUGGCCAAGCAGACGUGCACGCUGCAGGCCUGCCCCACCGAGCCUCCAGAUGAGAGCUGUCAGGACCGACCCUCCACCAACUGCCUGCUGGCUCUGAAGGUCAACCUGUGCAGCCACUGGUACUACAGCAAGGCCUGCUGCCACUCCUGCCGAGCCGUUCGGCCAUGACGGACCGGGACACCGCAACUGCAGCGUCGCUUCAGCUCUCUUCAUAAAAACACACAAAUAUCUCCGCCGUUUCCCUCGUCUGGUCAAGUUUCUAUUGACCUGUCCAGCUUUUUAGUUAAAAUCAUCAGUGAUUAGCUUAGAUUGUUAUAAAUUUAAAGAUGUAGAAUUUGGAGGGCCGUUUGUAAAGUUACAGUCAAAAAUGAACAGAAAUAAUUUGGGUUAUUUAGCCUGUAAUAAUAGAAAACUAACAUAUUUUCAUCAGGUUUUUUAUUAAUUCAUAAAUGUCACAGAUUCAAGCUACAUAGUCAGCUAGCAAGCUAAAUACUUAAAUCCAAACUAAAUAUUUAGAUAUAUUUAGCUUGUAGCUAAAUAUUUAAUUUG